AUGACAUUCACGUACCAAAUUAGCAAGCACAUCCGUUCAUGCGUUUAUGUAAUUUUUCUCCUCGUGUUAUGUGCAAUAGGAAUUAAGCUCCUCAAGUACCUCAAAAACAAGUAUCCCCAAUUUUUAAAAAACGACAAAAUUGUUAAGCAGUGCACCCAAAUAAUCACGCGGAAUAAUUUCUUCCACCAGAACCUGCUGUACAGAAUUUUCAAAUAUGGCAUCAUAGGCAGCAGCAACUAUGAGGACAAGAUCAUGCACAGAAGGAAUGCCUCCUUCUAUUACUUGAAAAGGGCAAUUUUCUUUUUACACAAUUAUAAAUUCGUGCACAUAAAAAAGAAGCUCCAGUGUCUAUUCAUCCGAAACAACAUCACGGACAUACGAAACUUGAAAUAUCUCACGUACAAAAAAGUGAUUCAAUUUAAAAAAGAAAUGAACAUUUGCCUAUUGGAGGCGUACAAUUCCUUCAGCUAUAAAAAUAAAAAAGAAUUAUUAUAUAUAUACUUCAAGUUGUACUCGAAAAUUUUUUUUUUCUUUCAAAGUGAAAACAUUUAUUUUUUUCAUUUCCUCACCCAUGUCUUGUUGGUCUCUUGGGUAUACACACCGUUAAGUCAGUCGUUGCAUGGAGAAGGUCGCUAG